CUUUCCAGCUCGUUUUUGAGAUUAUUUAAUUUUUUUCCCUUCCGAAGAAACCGUAACCCUAACUCUUCGAACUUCAUAAUUCUCCUCCCAAUUCAAUUCUAAUCUCAAAUCUGAAAAUUUUCAGUUUCAAUUCAAAACCCUAAAUUCUAUCAUUUGCUUGAUUAAUGGGUCGAGAUUCUGCUACUUCCUUAGCACCUGGCUUCCGAUUUCACCCAACUGAUGAAGAACUCGUCAGUUACUACUUGAAGCGCAAAGUUUCUGGAAAACCCUUUCGUUUUGAUCCUAUUUCUGUCAUAGACAUCUACAAAUCCGAACCUUGGGAUCUCCCUGGGAAAUCGAAGCUGAAGAGUAGAGAUUUGGAGUGGUACUUCUUCAGUGCUUUGGAUAAGAAAUAUGGCAAUAGUUCGAGGACCAAUAGGGCUACGGAGAAAGGGUACUGGAAGACGACGGGAAAGGACCGGCCGGUCCGCCAUAGCGCGAGGACUGUUGGAAUGAAGAAGACCCUUGUGUAUCAUAUUGGGCGAGCUCCUCGUGGUGCACGAACCAAUUGGGUGAUGCAUGAAUACAAACUCACUGACGAAGAGAUGGGAAAGAUUGCAAUUGUGCAGGAUGCAUUUGUGCUGUGUAGGAUAUUCCAGAAGAGUGGUACUGGACCAAAAAAUGGAGAACAGUAUGGUGCCCCUUUUAUUGAGGAGGAAUGGGAAGAAAAUGAAGAGCUGGCUGUGGUACCUGGUGAUGAUCAAGUGGCCGAAGAAUUGCUAGGGGGUGGAGGUGUUUGUGUUGAAGGCGAUGACUUCAGCGAGAAUGUUGAUGAAGGUAUUCUGUCUGAAAGUGCUCCACCUCCACCAUUUAACUUCUAUUAUGGUGAGACCAGCAACUCUAUUGAGCAAUCGGACAACUUCAUUGAAGAUGAUCAAAAGCCUGCAGUAGGCAUAUGCGAGACAUCAGAGCUUCCUGACGGACGGAAGUUCUUUGUUUUACCAGACGAGUGUGGGUUACAUGACAGAUUGGUCAAACAUGAGUAUCUUGCUGAGCCAAGCAAUGAUGCUGAUACUAAUGUGGCUGAUGAAGUCGAUGCUGGUGAUGUGGAUGGUCGUUACAUAUUGCAUGAGGCAUUCUUUAGUACUUCUGAUAAUCUUUCUUUUAGUGAUGAACUACUUUUGGAAUCCAAUGAGCUCUCAAACCAUACUGAAAGUGAUCCUGCUGCUUUUGACGUGCUUGAAGAGUAUCUUACCUUCUUCGACGCAGAUGGUGAUAAUGCAGAUAUGUCAUUUAAUCCUUCUGAAAUUCUCGGAAGUGGAAGUCCUGUUCCUGAUCAAGCAGAGGUCGCUGGUGGUGCCACCGAAUAUGCAUCUGCCAGCAAACACACUGCAGAUUUACGUCAUGACAAUGAGGCCUCCUCCUCCUCCUCUAUGCAAAAACCCGAGGAUCCAAAAGCAGAAUCAGAUAUCAAGUAUCCAUUCCUCAAACAUACAAGUCAUAUGCUCGGCAGCAUUCCUGCUCCAUUUGCUUCACAGUUUACUUCAAAAGAUGCUGCUAUCCAUCUUAAUUCAGCUCCACAAGCUUCGAGUUCUGUUCGUGUCACUGCAGGCAUGAUUGUCAUAAGAAAUAUGGCACUAAAUGGAGACGAUGUGAACAACUUGUAUGGCAAGAAUUCAGAUCUCAACUUAAUCUAUUUGUACGGGAUCAUCGAAGGCAACAUUGAUUCCUCCCAGUUGCCAACUGCUGGUGUAAAUUCCAGCAAGUCAGGACCGCUGAUAUCUCGCUACUUCUUGUACUUCUUCAUCUUGUUUUGGGUUAUAAUCCUAUCAGUAAGUUUCAAAGUUGGAAGGUGCAUCCAUUCCAGGUGACUUGUUGAAACUUUGUAGUAGUAUUUUAGCGGUAGUUUAGAAACUUUCUAUGCUGCCAAAUACAACAGGUUGUUGCAGAUCCAUCUGCAGUCUUUAUUCAAAUAUAUCAAUAGAUACUAGACUAACUGCCAACGAAUUGGUGGCUCACUUUUAAAUCCCUCUUUCUUCUUUUGUAUUUUCAUUUUAUAACUUUUCUAGAGUUUAUAGUUGCAUUGCAGGGCUUUCCUGUACUUAACCAGUUUAUGAGAGCAAAGGAGCCUUCUCAUUCCAUCAUGUUCAUGUAAUUCAUUGGAUGAACCAUCGUAAUCUUUCAAUUAAGCAAAAUUUGCCUACAAAGGUUGGCUCUCA